UGAGUUCUCUUCUGUCCGGGUAGCGGGGUGCUCCGAGCUGGGGAAUGUGGCUCCACCCAUACGGCGUCCACUGCUUACCAGGAGCGGGGUCGGGGGGAGAGGGGAGCUGACAGAAGACCUAGUGGCAUCCCCAUUCACAAGACUCCGCCCUCAGAACUCGGGCAAAUAGGGGACAUCGGUCCGGGAGUUCCAGGUUCGGACCGGCUAGGAGAGGAGGAGAGGAAAGGGUCGCCGAGAGAUGGCAACCGCGGUGGUUGGGGACUACCAGCGGCUCCCGAGAGUCGCGACCUUUGGGUCUGAGAUCCGGCCCGUUAUGGCCCCGCCCCUAUCUUCUUCUUCGCUGCUCCGCCCAGCAAAUCUCCGCCCCUCGCUGGCCAAUCGGCGCUCGAUCGCCACGUCUGGGCUCUCCGCGUUCUUCUAGCGCUGUCUUUUUGGUCCCCACGUGGGCAGGCCGGUGAUGGCGGCGCUGGUUGUCUCCGAGGUGGCGGAGCCCGGCGGCCAAAAAGGCCCUGGCAGAGGUCGAGUCCCUCGGGGCCGCUUGGCCAAUCAGAUCCCCCCUGAGAUCCUGAACAACCCCCAGCUGCAGGCAGCCAUCCGAGUCCUGCCUUCCAACUAUAACUUUGAGAUCCCCAAGACCAUCUGGAGGAUCCAACAGGCCCAGGCCAAGAAGGUGGCCUUGCAAAUGCCUGAAGGCCUCCUCCUCUUCGCCUGCACCAUUGUGGAUAUCUUGGAGAGGUUCACAGAGGCCGAAGUGAUGGUGAUGGGUGAUGUGACCUACGGGGCUUGCUGUGUGGAUGACUUUACUGCAAGGGCCCUGGGAGCUGACUUCCUGGUGCACUAUGGCCACAGCUGUCUGGUUCCCAUGGACACCUCGGCCCAAGACUUCCGGGUGCUGUAUGUCUUUGUGGACAUCCGGAUAGACACCACCCACCUCCUGGACUCUAUCCGCCUCACCUUUCCCCCAGCCAGCGCCCUUGCCUUGGUCAGCACCAUUCAGUUUGUGUCAACCUUGCAGGCAGCUGCCCACGAGCUGAAAGCUGAGUAUCGUGUGAGUGUCCCACAGUGCAAACCCCUGUCCCCUGGGGAGAUUCUGGGCUGCACAUCCCCCAACCUGCCCAAAGAAGUGGAGGCUGUUGUAUACCUCGGAGAUGGCCGCUUCCAUCUGGAGUCUGUCAUGAUUGCCAACCCCAGUGUCCCCGCUUACCGAUAUGACCCAUAUAGCAAAGUCCUGUCCAGAGAGCACUAUGACCACCAGCGCAUGCAGGUCAACCGCCAAGAAGCCAUAGCCACUGCCCGCUCAGCUAAAUCUUGGGGCCUCAUCCUGGGUACUUUGGGCCGCCAAGGCAGCCCCAAGAUUCUGGAGCACCUGGAAUCUCGGCUCCGAGCCUUGGGACUUCCCUUCGUGAGGCUGCUGCUCUCUGAGAUCUUCCCCAGCAAGCUCAGCCUACUUCCUGAGGUGGAUGUGUGGGUGCAGGUGGCAUGUCCACGCCUCUCGAUUGACUGGGGCACAGCCUUCCCCAAGCCGCUGCUGACACCCUAUGAGGCGGCGGUGGCCCUGAGGGACAUUUCCUGGCAGCAGCCCUACCCCAUGGACUUCUACGCCGGCAGCUCCUUGGGACCGUGGACGGUGAACCACGGACGAGACCGGGCUCCCCAAGCCCAGGGCCGGCCGACGGUGGGGAAGGAGGUGCAGAAGGGGCCCACGGGCCCCUCUUCCGCCGCGGCCUGCGAGGGUUGCAGCUGCCGAGACGAGCAGGAGGCGCCGCCCGCCCCUUGAGACGCUCCUGGGUCUCAGAGCCCUGCCCUCCGGAGGAGCAGACUCGAGGCUGGUGGUUUUCAGAACAGGAGGCAGACGUGUUCUCCGCACUGAAGGAGCCUACAGUGUGCAGAGGUCUGGAGGAAGCCCUGGGAACGGUGGCACAGGCACUC